AUGCGGCUCUUCAUCUUGCUUUCGUGUCUUCUCGCGUGGGUCCUCGCAGCGCCGUACAUCGAUCAAGAGGAUGCGCUCCGCGUUUUGAACGCGUAUCUAGAGCAAUUCGGACCCGGAGCCGAAAAGGUUUACUAUGUUGCCGAGGAUGAUCAUGGUUUCAGAUCAAUGAAACGUGGUCUUGGUCCUCGUCCUCUUCGUUUCGGAUAA